CUGCCUGCUGCUUAUGAAGAAGAGGAGGAGGCGGUGAGAAGUUUUUCUGCAGAGAAUGAGACUGUGGAUGUGUUCGGGGGGGGGGAGGUUAAGGCGCACACAGAAAUGCCUCUAGCAGCAUCUUUCUUUGCAGACUCCAGCGAGCCGCAGCACAAGCGGGCUGCGUCUCUUCAUCGCUCUUCCUCUUCGUCUUUCUCCGAGCAACCACCUCUUUUCCUGUGAAGCAACCCUGGUCGUCCACCUCUUCCACCCCCUCCGUCUUCUUCUUCUUCCUCCUCCUCCUCCAGCAUCCGGCGGCACUGGAUGGAGAGCGGCACCUGAAGGGAAGGGAGAGCGGUGGAGUUGCUUCGUCUAUCCACCACCUCCUCCCGCUGCAGCAAACAGGAAAGUCCCGGCUGGCUGCUGCACCAUGUCCUCUCCUUCGAAUGGGGAUGUAGCGGGCUACCAUUUGAGUGUGGUGCGUAAUCCGCCCGACUGGGAGGUGGGCAUCUACCUGGUGGGCUGUGUGGUGCUGCUGGCCGUCGCGGGGCUGAACAUCUGGAAGCUGUGGAAGUCUGGCACCUUCCCUGCUCCGUCCCCGUUUCCCAACUUUGACUACAGAUAUCUGCAGGAAAAAUAUGGAACCUCCUUCUCAGAAGUACGACAGAAGCGGGCGGCGGCCAACAACCACCGGCGGACGUCGACCGUGUCCAGCCGCAAGCCCAGCCUGGCGCUGGGCGACACGGCGGACGCCCUCAGGGAGCUGGGCCAUCUGGAGCUGAUGGGCCGCGAUCUGGACCUGAGCGGCGCGGCGCAGGUCAACCGCUCCGUCUCCACCGAUUCGCUCAGCUCUAUCUCGUCUGUCGCCAACAACUUCGGCCACGACUUCACGGUGGGCCAGCUGGAGGUGACGCUGGAGUUCGAGACCUCCCGGCACGUCGGCCAGGGGACGCUGCGCAUCACCGCGCACCAGGGCAAGGACCUGCUGGAGAGGGAGGAGGGCGACUUCCCAGGGUGCUUUAUCAGGAUCUCUCUGGGCCCAGAAGAGCUCAAUGUGGGAGUCACGAGGGUGAAGACGAACGCGUUCACCGUCAUCUUCGACGAGAGCUUCUCGGUGGCGAUUGACGUGUGCGCCCUAGAGGAAUGCAGCCUCCGAUUCGCCGCCUUCGGCAUCGACAGCGAUGAGAGGAACAUCAGCGCCGGCGUGGCCGAACUCAAGCUGUCAGACUUGGACCUCACCAUCAGACCCUUCAACGCCUGGCUCUACCUCCAGGACGUCAACAAAGCGGUGGACGCAGUCGGGGAGAUUUUGCUGUCUCUCAGCUACUUACCGACGGCAGAGCGCCUCACAGUGGUGGUGGCCAAGUGUAAGAACCUGCUGUGGACCAAGGGCAAGAACACUGCAGACCCAUUCGUCAAAGUUUACCUCCUGCAAGAUGGACGCAAGAUAAGCAAGAAGAAGACGUCCACCAAGCGGGACGACACCAACCCCAUUUUUAACGAGGCCAUGAUCUUCUCUGUGCCCUCCCUCGUUCUGCAGGAGCUCUCACUGCGGGUCACUGUGGCCGAGGCGUCCGACGACGGGCGGGGCGAAAACAUGGGUCACGUGGUCAUCGGCCCCGAGGCCGGCGGCAUGGGGAUCACCCACUGGAACCAGAUGCUGGCCACCCUGAGGAAGCCCGUGUCCAUGUGGCACCCGCUGCGCAGGGUCUGACCUGAAGUGAAACACUCAAAUCCUAUACAGAAGCUAAAUCGUUGAUAUUUUAGUGACUUUAAUUAGCGAUAAAAUAUGAGAAACAGUAUGCCAGUGCCGACUUACCUGACUUAAUCCACCUCUAAAUACCGCAAAACUUUACCAAAGCGAUACCUCUUGAUGUCUAGCUUUUCCGGAAAAGUCCACCUUGAAAAUAAACUUUUAAGUACAGUGAAACCCUGCGGAAAUCCGCAAAUAAUUGACGUCCCUCCUAAAAGGAAUUUUUAAUUGUGUAUAGAUGCCAAAAAUGGCAGCAAAGCGAUUAAAACUGAAAGACCAUAAAGCAUCAACUCCAUGCAUCGAGCAUGUACACAAUCAUGAAGCCAUGUAACAUAAACAAAUAUUCAUUAGUUAAAUUAUUCGACACAAACAAACUAACUUCACAUGAGGCUCAUCAGGAGUAUUAUUAGCUAGUAUAUUAGCCUAAAUAACACGCUAGCACAAACCAACAUGAUAUCACGCAUCGGCAAACAAAUAUGCGCACUGGCACCUUUUGUGAUCUGUAUUAGGUCAUUAAACUCAUUUUACAGUGAUUAUACAUAAUAAUAAAUGUUAGGGAACAUUUGCCAUUUUUAACAGCAUGAGGUGUGUUCAAGGACUGGCAGCAAAACAGGACAUCUCAUACCCACACGAAAAGAAAACACUAUCAAUGUCCACGAGAUGGCCCCAAAGUAAUCAUUUGAGUGGUUUGGCCUGAGCACAAAAACGGCAAAUGGAGACGGGAUUUUCAGCGAAUAACAGAAGAUUUGUUCCACCCCCCCCCCCCCCCCCCCCCCCCACCACCACACACACACCAUAAAAAUGACAAAUUUGCGAAUGACGACCCGUGAAUAUGCGGAGGUUCCCUAUAUGUCCAAGACCAAGUCAAUUUUUUCCUGCUCCAUCAGCCAUUGUGGGACUAAAAAAUUCAAAUGUAAUAGUGUGUGCAGUUUGCUACAGACGUGUUUUGCUUGUUGAAGUUGAGUGUAACAGUUUAGCUCUUAGCAACCAAUCAGAGGAGAGAAAAAUGCUGACAUUUAAAAUUUGAAUGGAAGCAGUCGCAUUGCAUAUAAUUUAACACUGCAGUAAAAUUAUGAAAAACUUUGUUUACAAGAACGUUAAAGUUUUAUACGAAAAAGUUAUGAGCAUCAAGUUGCUAUAUUACCAAAAAAAAUCACAAUUUUACUAGUCUUAAUUUUACUUUUAUAAUGAAGUUAGAAUUUCAUCAACAUCAAAACACGAAAUGAAAAAGUUGUGCUUGACAAAGAAAAAGUAAUAAUAGGAUGAAAAAAAGUCAAUUGUACGAUAAAAGUAAAUUUUAUGAUCAAACGUAAUCAAAUGUGAUCAUGUGAUCACAUUUUUUUAUUUCAGUUUUAUUAUGUAAAACAUCAGCUGUAGUUAAUAAAGGUUUUAUGCCGGCGACAGUUUUGUGCUCGUGUUGCUGGUCACUUCUUUAGUGUUCAAACACCACUGGGAAUCAUUUUAGAAUGUAAAACUGAUUCAGCUAUUCAAAUAGGUUUGUUGUUUUUUGUUAAUCUGUUGACAUUCUCAGAAAAUUGUAUUUAUUUUUUUAACCAGUCACAUUAAUGGUUGACUUUUUUCCAAUGCGUUCCUCCAUUUGAAUUCCCUUCAAAAAUAUUUAGCACCGCAACCACGACAUUAAGCAAUAUUUCCACAUGUGCCAAAUGACAGCAGCAUUUUCCAUUUCUCUCCAGCGGUUCUGUUUGCUUCCACCACGACCAUGCAUGAAGCUCUUAUGCUCGGAGAAUUGCGCCAACUUGUGUACAUGCUCUUUGAA